CCAUUUUAUUUUAUUCCCAAAUUAUUAAAGACGACAACUCACCCUUCCGCCAUUGAUGCUCAGAAAACACUUAUUGUAUAUUUCUUUUCCUUUAAAUUCUAGCAAGCUACCCUCAACAAGCCAAACAAUUGGACUUAAAAACUACAUCUCCCUUAGUUAUAACUAUUUGAUAUAUGUUGUCGUCUCUCGCCUUCAUUUGAUUCUUAGCUACUCCUUAGGUUUUUCAUUUUUUUCUCUUCUCAUCAGUCAUCAUGGAAAUCCCCCAAGGAACAUCAACGCCUGCUGACAAAAAGCACGUUUAUUCGGUGUGGGCAAUUCCACCAGAAGAUGUGGGGGGCAGGCUGAAGAGGUUGAUGGCCGGACUCGCAUCAGAGUUUGGUGGGCCCCAGUUCGAGCCACACAUUACGGUUGUGGGGGCCAUUGGUUUAACGGAGCAAGAUGCUUUGGAGAAGUUUCAUUCUGCUUGUGAUGGGCUGCAGGCAUAUACUGCUACUGUUGAUCGUGUGGCUACGGGGACUUUCUUUUAUCAGUGUGUUUAUUUGCUACUUCACCCAAUGCCUGAGGUGGUGGAAGCUAGUGCACAUUGUAGUGGACAUUUUGGGUACAAGAGUUCUACUCCUUACAUGCCCCAUCUCAGUCUCCUUUAUGGUGAUCUGACGGAUGAUGAGAAGAAAGAGGCUCAAGAAAAAGCUAAUAUUCUUGAUGAGAGCAUUAGCGGUGUAAGCUUUCCAAUAACUCGCCUUGCAUUGUGGAAAACAGAUACGGAGGACUUGACUCUGAAAUCAUGGGAGAAGAUUGCCGAAUGCAGCCUCAGCCCAAAAUAACUCUUCUUUCUCCCUUCUUCUUAUUAGACACUAAACCUUACAUAGCAAGCACUUUUGGCAGCCAAUAAAACCUUACUCGGGCUAGCACUUCUAGCAUAUAAUGCUACUAUCACUAUCUGUGAUGUACUGUUUAACUUCAAUCACACUAGAAUGCUACAUGAACAUAAGACGAAAAUGAUUGUGAACAUUGUUGACCAAAUGCUUUUAUAUUCUAUGUUGGAGACUUGUGAUUGCAGCAAGGCCUGUUCUGUGCUAA